UCCAACUCCUCCCUGAAGCUGUCGGUCUUCUCCCAAUUGUCCUAGUGUGCUUAGGUCGUGCUUGCUGCAUACUCGACCACUUUUCUCUCUAGGAGUCCGUGUUGAGGUGUCCAAUGCACUGGCAUUUUCCAAGCCCGCAGCACUUUGGGGAGGCAGUUCUAGAAUUCAGUUGACGGCCUUCCCAAGCCGAGGGUCUGCGGAGGCAGGUGGGUGGGGCUGGGUGCUGCCGGGGCGGGGCCGAUGAGCCGGAGGGAAAAGGUGGAAGGCAUUUUGGAGAAAGGCCCGGCGGGCGGUGGGUUCAGUUUUCACGAUGGCUUCGAGUAUGAGGCUGAGAAUAUUGGUUACCGCUCUUCUGCCUCGACUUUCUUGUUUCUAGAAGCUUCAGCAGACUUUUCUGGGCUGCUAGGACACGGCAAGGCGGCGGCUUCAGCUCUGGGGGCGGGUCCCAAGGGUCUUGCCGCUGCUCUAGGGCCGUUUAGUCUCCUGCUGUUGGGGGAGGGGACGGGAGGUGCUGCUGGCGCCUCCCUUUGCGCCUGCGUGACAAGCUCUUAGCGGGUAGGAGCGCGUGCGUGGUGACGUGGACGUCCGGUGCGCGCGCAGGCUCUUCAGCUGGAGCGGACACACGGUGUGCGAACCGAACAGAAUAGCCCGCCCCCAGCGGGAUGUGAAGGACUCCGGGUGAGGCCAGCCACGCCCCGCACGGAUAGGAAGGCCAUUGUGACUAUGUGGUGACUGCAGUUAUCUUACUACUGAGUUUCCCACUGGAAUCAUGGAGGAGAAACAGAUUAUAUUGGCUAAUCAAGAUGGUGGGACAGUGGCAGGAGCAGCACCUACCUUCUUUGUCAUCCUAAAACAACCAGGAAAUGGCAAAACUGAUCAAGGAAUUUUGGUUACCAAUCGGGAUGCUUGUGCUUUGGCUAGUAGGGUGUCAUCACCAGGAAAAUCUAAAGGGAAGAUUUGCCUUCCAGCUGAUUGUACUGUGGGAAGAAUCACUGUCACCCUUGAUAAUAAUAGUAUGUGGAAUGAGUUCCAUAAUCGAAGCACAGAGAUGAUUCUGACCAAGCAGGGAAGACGCAUGUUUCCUUAUUGUCGUUAUUGGAUAACAGGUUUAGAUACAAAUUUAAAGUAUAUACUUGUCAUGGAUAUAUCUCCUGUGGAUAACCAUCGCUAUAAGUGGAAUGGUCGUUGGUGGGAGCCCAGUGGGAAAGCUGAGCCCCAUAUUUUGGGAAGAGUUUUCAUCCAUCCAGAAUCUCCUUCCACAGGUCAUUACUGGAUGCAUCAACCAGUAUCUUUCUAUAAACUCAAGCUUACCAACAAUACUUUGGAUCAAGAAGGGCAUAUUAUCUUGCAUUCUAUGCAUCGCUACCUACCAAGGCUUCAUUUGGUGCCUGCAGAAAAGGCUACAGAAGUGAUACAAUUAAAUGGCCCUGGUGUCCACACUUUUACUUUCCCACAGACUGAAUUCUUUGCAGUAACAGCUUAUCAGAAUACUCAGAUUACCCAACUGAAAAUAGAUUACAAUCCAUUCGCCAAAGGUUUUCGGGAUGAUGGCCUGAAUAGUAAGCCCCUCAGAGAUGGAAAACAAAAGAACAGCUCUGACCAAGAAGGCAGUAGCAUUAAUGGUUCUCCUGGUCAUCGGGUCCGUCUUACAGAAGGUGAGGGAUCAGAAAUAGAUCCAAGUGAUUUUGAUGCUAUGUCAAGGGAUCAUGAAACAUCAGCAAAGGGUUUGGAGAAGCCUCCCCUUAACAUAAAGCAAGACUUCCUUGGUUUUGUGGAUACUGAUUCAGCGCUUGAAGUUCCUCAGUUGAAGCAAGAGAUUUCUGAAAGUCUUGUUGCCAGCAAUUUUGAAGACAGCUCUCAUAUUGCUUCAUUAGAUGCAAAUGAAAACUUCAAUGUUGUCAUUAAAGAGGAACCUCUAGAUGAUUAUGACUACGAACUUGGCGAGUAUCCAGAAGGGGUUACCGUGAAACAGGAAGAGACAGAUGAAGAAACGGAUGUAUACUCAAACAGUGAUGAUGAUCCUAUAUUAGAGAAACAGCUAAAGAGGCACAAUAAAAUUGAUAACCCAGAGUUUGAUCAUUCAUCUUCUAAAUGGCUACCAAGCAGCCCAUCAGGUGUUGCUAAAGCUAAGAUGUUCAAAUUAGAUGCUGGAAAGAUGCCAGUAGUCUAUUUGGAGCCUUGUGCUGUCACCAAAAGCACAGUGAAGAUUUCUGAAUUGCCUGAUAACAUGCUUUCCACAUCUCGAAAGGAUAAAUCUAUGUUGGCAGAAUUAGAGUAUUUGCCUACAGACAUUGAAAAUGCCAAUGGAACUGGCUUCUGCUUAGGCAAGGAAUCAGAAAAUGGUCUUAGUAAACAUUCACCCGAUCUCAGAGUGGUGCAAAAAUACCCUUCACUUAAAGAGCCUCAAUGGAAAUAUCCUGAUAUAUUUGACAGCAUUAGCUCAGAAAGAAUACUUGACAGUUCAAAGAGUUCUGCUGGGGACUCAUUUUCAGGAAAAGAGGAUUUGGGCAGAAAGCGAACAACUGUGCUUAAGAUUGCAACAGCCUCAAAGACUGUGAGUGCUAACCACAAUGUCUCUCCAAAUGUCCAUGGAAAAAGAGGAAGGCCUCGAAAAUUGAAGCUCUCUAAGGCAGGGCGACCACCUAAGAACACAGGGAAGUCUUUAACUUCUACAAAGAACACCCCUGUAGGCCUUGGGAGUACCUUUUCUGAUGUGAAGCCCGAUUUGGAAGAUGUGGAUGGUGUUCUCUUUGUUUCCUUUGAAUCAAAGGAAGCUCUAGACAUUCAUGCAGUUGAUGGAACAACAGAAGAACCCUCUAGUCUUCAGGCAUCAACCACAAAUGACCCAGGUUGCCGAGCAAGAAUUUCUCAGUUGGAAAAGGAAUUGAUAGAAGAUUUGAAGUCCUUGCGGCACAAGCAGGUGAUACAUCCUGGUCUUCAAGAAGUGGGGUUAAAAUUGAAUUCAGUGGAUCCAACAAUGAGCAUUGAUCUUAAAUACCUGGGAGUACAGCUACCUUUGGCUCCAGCCACGAGCUUCCCUUUUUGGAACCUUACAGGCACCAACCCUGCCUCUCCUGAUGCUGGAUUUCCCUUUGUUUCUAGGACAGGCAAGACGAAUGACUUUACCAAGAUCAAGGGAUGGAGGGGAAAAUUUCAUAGUGCUGCUGCAUCUAGAAAUGAAGGUGGAAAUUCAGAAAGUUCGCUGAAAAACCGUUCUGCUUUCUGUAGUGAUAAGCUAGAUGAAUACUUGGAAAAUGAAGGCAAACUGAUGGAAACAAGUUUGGGUUUCUCCUCCAAUGCUCCCACAUCUCCUGUGGUAUACCAGCUUCCCACCAAGAGUACCAGCUAUGUACGAACACUUGAUAGCGUACUAAAGAAGCAAUCUACCAUUUCCCCUUCUACCUCUUACUCUUUGAAGCCUCAUUCUGUACCCACUGCCUCUCGAAAGGCAAAGCCUCAAAACAGACAGACAACACUCAGUGGCCGAACUAAGUCAUCUUAUAAAUCUAUUUUACCAUACCCUGUUUCGCCAAAGCAGAAAAACACUCAUGUGAUGCCGGGAGAUAAAAUUACCAAGAACUCUUCAAGUACUGUCUCAGAUAAUCAGGUGAAUAACGUUGUGCCAACUUUAGAUGAAAAUGUGUUUCCAAAGCAGAUUAGUUUGCGGCAGAAUCAGCAGCAGCAACAGCAGCAGCAGCAGCAGCAGCAGCAGCAGCAGCAGCAGCAGCAGCAGCAGCAGCAGCAACAGGGAACUCGCCCUCCAGGCUUGUCUAAAUCUCAGGUAAAGCUAAUGGACCUGGAAGACUGUGCACUUUGGGAAGGAAAACCAAGGACCUAUAUCACUGAAGAACGAGCAGAUGUAUCCUUGACAACUCUGCUUACAGCUCAGGCAUCUCUGAAAACUAAACCUAUUCACACAAUCAUAAGGAAACGAGCUCCUCCAUGCAACAAUGACUUCUGUCGACUAGGUUGUGUAUGUUCUAGUCUAGCUUUGGAGAAGCGCCAACCUGCCCACUGCCGUCGACCAGAUUGCAUGUUUGGCUGCACUUGUUUGAAAAGAAAAGUUGUACUUGUUAAAGGGGGAUCCAAAAUUAAGCAUUUCCAGAGGAAGGCUGCUCAUCGAGAUCCAACAAUUUAUGAUAAUCUGGGAGAAGAGCCAAAGGAGGAAGAAGAAGGAGAUAGAGAAGAGGAGGAACAAAUGAAAGAGAAAAAGAAGAGAAAGAAGCUAGAAUACACAAUAUGUGAAACAGAGCCUGAACAACCUGUUCGACAUUACCCAUUAUGGGUCAAAGUAGAAGGUGAAGUAGAUCCAGAGCCAGUUUAUAUCCCAACGCCUUCUGUCAUUGAACCUAUGAAACCAUUGUUACUGCCUCAGCCAGAAGUAGUAUCUACUACUGUGAAGGGCAAACUGCUCACUGGAAUUAAACCUGCACGGGCAUAUACUCCCAAACCUAAUCCUGUGAUACGGGAAGAGGACAAAGAUCCUGUCUAUUUGUACUUUGAAAGUAUGAUGACUUGUGCCCGAGUUCGAAUAUAUGAAAGAAAAAAAGAGGAACAGAGACAGCCAUCUCCAUCCCCAUCCCCAUCUCCAUCAUUUCAGCAGCAGAGCUCCCGUCAUUCUAGUCCUGAGAACCACAGUAUCAAGGAACCUGAUUCUGAACAGCAGCCCUUAAAACAAUUCAUUUGUGAGUUGGAGGAUGAUUCUGAUAAAUCACAAGAAAAGAGCUGGAAGUCUCCCUCCAAUGAAGGAGAAUCUUCUUCUACGUCUUACGUGCAUCAGAAAUCUCCUGGUGGUCCUACCAAAUUGAUAGAGAUCAUCUCAGACUGCAACUGGGAGGAGGAUCGGAACAAGAUUUUGAGCAUCUUAUCCCAGCACAUCAAUAGCAACAUGCCACAGUCACUUAAGGUGGGCAGCUUCAUCAUUGAGUUGGCUUCUCAGCGAAAGAGCCGGGGUGAGAAGAACCCUCCUGUUUAUUCUUCUCGUGUGAAAAUCUCUAUGCCAUCAUGUCAAGACCAAGAUGAUAUGGCUGAGAAAUCUGGAUCAGAGACUCCUGAUGGUCCAUUGUCCCCUGGGAAAAUGGAUGAUAUCUCUCCUGUGCAGACAGAUGCCCUGGAUUCAGUGAGGGAGAGAUUACAUGGAGGCAAAGGUCUGCCUUUUUAUGCAGGGCUUUCUCCUGCAGGGAAGCUUGUGGCCUAUAAGCGUAAACCCAGUUCAAGCACAUCUGGGCUUAUCCAGGUUAAUGGUAAGAGUUACCCGCAGGCUAAGUUGCUAUUGGGACAGAUGGGGGCAUUGCAUCCAGCCAAUAGGCUAGCUGCUUAUAUCACAGGCAGGUUGCGACCCUCAGUCCUGGACCUCUCAACCCUCAGUACUGUCAUCUCCAAGGUAGCAUCCAAUGCCAAGGUGGCUGCAUCCAGGAAACCACGUACCCUGCUGCCUUCAACAUCCAAUUCCAAAAUGGCAUCCUCUUCUGGCACUCCAGCAAACCGCUCUGGGAAGAAUACGAAGGCAUUUGUCCUGGCAAAAAGACCAAUUGCGGCUCGACCCUCUCCUGGUGGUGUGUUCACACAGUUUGUGAUGAGUAAAGUUGGAGCCUUACAGCAGAAGAUACCUGGAGUUAGCACACCCCAAACCCUGACAGGGCCACAGAAGUUCAGUAUCAGACCUUCUCCAGUAAUGGUCGUCACACCUGUGGUUUCUUCUGAGCCAGUUCAGGUGUGCAGCUCUGUGACUGCUGCUGUCACUACUACCGCCCCUCAAGUGUUUUUAGAAAAUGUUACUGCUGUGACAUCUGUGACUGCUAUUUCUGACGUGGGAACUAAAGAAACUACUUAUUCUUCUGGUGCCACCACUGCAGGGGUUAUUGAGGUCUCUGAAACCAAUACCAGCACCACUGUAACAUCUACCCAGUCUACAGCCACUGUGAACCUUACCAAAACUACUGGGAUAACUACCCCUGUGGCUUCAGUUGCUUUUCCUAAAUCUUUGGUAGCAUCUCCUCCAACCAUAACUCUUCCUGUUGCUUCCACUGCCUCCACCUCCAUAGUCAUGGUGACCACAGCUGCCUCUUCCUCCAUGGUGACCACACCAACUUCAUCUCUGAGCUCUGUUCCUAUUAUACUCUCAGGAAUUAAUGGGAGUCCACCAGUAAGCCAGAGACCAGAAAAUGCUGCUCAGAUUCCAGUGGCUGCUCCACAGAUCUCUCCUAAUACAGUGAAACGUCCUGGACCUCGAUUGUUGUUGAUUCCAGUACAGCAGGGUUCUCCUACGCUUAGACCUGUCCCAAACCCACAACUUCAGGGACAUCGGAUGGUUUUACAGCCUGUUAGGAGCCCAAGUGGAAUGAACCUAUUUAGGCAUCCCAAUGGGCAGAUUGUCCAACUUCUACCUUUGCAUCAGAUCCGAGGCUCUAAUACCCAGCCCAGCUUACAACCUGUCAUGUUUCGGAACCCAGGGUCUGUGGUGGGAAUCCGGUUGCCUGCACCUUCCAAGCCUUCUGAGAUGCCACCAUCUUCUACUUCAUCCUCUGCUUUCUCUGUUGUAAAUCCUGUAAUUCAGGCUGUGGGGUCUUCUCCAGCAGUGAAUGUUAUCACUCAGGCACCGUCUUUACUUUCCUCUGGACCAAGUUUUGUCUCGCAGGCUGGUACAUUGACCCUGAGGAUUUCUCCUCCUGAGCCACAGAGCUUUGCAAGUAAAACAGGCUCUGAAACCAAAAUUACAUAUAGCUCAGGAGUGCAGCCUGUUAAUACAGCUAAUCUCAUUCCUCUCCAGUCUGGUAGUUUUGCUUUGCUGCAGCUCCCAGGACAAAAGCCUGUCCCUAGUUCCAUUCUUCAGCAUGUUGCUUCCCUUCAGAUGAAGAAGGAAUCCCAGAAUACAGACCAGAAAGAUGAAACAAACUCUGUAAAAAGAGAGAAGGAAACUAAGAAGAUUGUACAGUCAGAAGAAGUUAUGGGUCCUGAGUCUAGUAUAAUUAAGCAGAAUUCAGGGACUAUUACCUCAAAAGAAACCCUGAAUGAUUCCUUGGAAGAUGGGGAUGAGCAUUUAGAUGAAGAAUCCCUUACAGAAAAAGAUCCCACAACUGUCAAACCUACUGAGCACUCCUAUAUCACUGAGUCACACACAGGUGAAGACUGUAAAGAUGUUACUGAAGAGCAUGGGACUAGGAAUCAUAACAGUUCCAAAGAAAAACUGACUGUUCUACAAGUUAGGACAGUUUCUGAAAAAUCCAGUAAUAUGACAGUACAAAAUGUGAAUAAAGUACAGCUUCAAAAAUCUGGUGAUGUUAAGAUGGAGCAGCGGAAAGGAUUAGACAAUCCAGAGGAAAAACCAAAUGAAUUUCUAUUUAUCGAAUUAUCAGGGAACAAAGUUAUGGUUCAGCAGCAAUGUAAUCCACAGCCAGAGGCCAAGGGGAAAGAUUGUGGAGACUCUCUGGAGAAAGACAGUAUUAGGGAGAGAUGGAAAAAGUACCCAAAGAACCCCUUGGUUCGGAAAUGUGUGAGAACUUCAGAAGAAUGUAAGAAAGAGGCAGAUGAACAAUUAAUUAGAGAAUCAAAGCCAUAUCAAGAAGAUUCAGAUGUGUUUCAAGAAGAACAGGACAUCUCUGGUCUAUAUGAGAAAAGUGGAACUUCUGAGAAUGAUGGAGUUUUAAAAACUGAGUGUGAUUCUUGGAGUAGGAUUUCUAAUCCUGCAGCCUUCUCCAUCAUUCCUAGGCGAGUUACAAAAGGAAGCAGAGGGAAUGAACACUAUCAGGGUGACUUACUACUACCAGGAAAACAGAUAAAACCAAAGCAAGACCAGAAGGGUAGAGGAAGCACUGACUUCACUGGCUUGGAUUUGGAAGAGGAAGAUGAAGAUGAGAAUGAGAAAACCGAUGAUUCUGUUGAUGAAAUUGUGGAUGUUGUGUCUGACUACCAGAGUGAAGAGGUUGAUGAUGUAGAAAAGAAUAACUGUAUAGAAUAUAUUGAGGAUGAUGAAGAGCAUGUGGAUAUUGAAACUAUAGAAGAGCUUUCAGAGGAAAUUAAUGUUGCCCACAAGAAGACCAUAGCAGCUCAUGCACAGUCAUUCAAACAGAUGUGCCGUACCCAUGCAGAUGAAAAAGCUACUGAAAGAAGUCGAAAGGCCCCACCAGUUCCUCUAAAACUGAAACCUGAUUACUGGAGUGAUAAACUACAGAAAGAAGCAGAAGCUUUUGCUUAUUAUCGCCGGACACAUACUGCCAAUGAGCGGCGGAGGCGUGGUGAAAUGAGAGAUCUCUUUGAAAAACUGAAGAUCACACUGGGAUUACUUCAUUCUUCCAAGGUUUCCAAAAGUCUUAUUCUUACUCGGGCAUUCAGUGAAAUUCAGGGACUAACAGAUCAAGCAGACAAACUGAUAGGACAGAAAAAUCUCCUGACUAGAAAACGGAAUAUCUUGAUACGAAAGGUAUCAUCUCUUUCAGGUAAGACAGAAGAAGUGGUCCUGAAGAAGCUAGAGUAUAUUUAUGCAAAACAACAAGCACUAGAGGCUCAAAAAAGAAAAAAGAAGAUGGGAUCAAAUGAGUUUGAUGAGUCUCCCAGAACUAGCAAACAGCAGGAAGGAUCUUCUACAUCAUCUGUAGAUCUCGGACAGAUAUUUAUUAAUAACAGGAGGGGGAAACCUUUGAUUCUUUCCAGAAAAAGAGACCAGGCCACAGAAAACACCUCUCCUUCCAGUACUCCACACACCUCUGCCAACCUCGUGAUGACUCCACAAGGGCAAUUACUUACCUUAAAAGGUCCCCUGCUCUCAGGACCAGUGGUAACUGUGUCUCCCACUCUCUUAGAAACUGAUCUGAAGCCUCAAGUUGUCAGCAGUGGUAUGGCUCAAUCAGAAAAUGAUGACUUAUUUAUGAUGCCACGAAUUGUUAAUGUGACAUCCUUGGCUGCAGAGGGAAGUUUGGUAGAUAUGGGUGGCAGCAAAUAUCCUCAUGACGUUCCUGAUGCCAGGCCAUCUGACCACCUGAAAGAUACUGUCAGGAAUGAAGAUAAUUCAGAGGAUUCUGAUAGAGUCUCUUCUAGAGGAAAUCACAGAGAUGGCAGAAUGGCAUUAGGUCCAACACAAGUUUUUCUGGCAAAUAAAGAUUCUGGUUUUUCACAAAUAAUUGAUGCUCCCAGUAUGCGGGAAACGCAAGAGUUUUUACCUAAAAAGAUUUCAGGCGAUGUAAGAGGGAAUCGCUAUAAGUGGAAGGAGGGUGAAUCAAGAGGAGAGAGACUGAAAUCAAAGGAAUCUCCAUUUCAUAAACUAAAGAUGAAAGAUCUCAAGGACUCAAGCAUAGAGAUGGAACUGAGGAAAGUAGCAUCAGCUAUAGAGGAAGCAGCUCUUGAUCCCAGCGAACUACUGACUAACAUGGAAGAUGAUGAUGAUACUGAUGAGACACUCACUUCACUGCUCAAUGAGAUUGCCUUUCUUAAUCAGCAGCUGAAUGAUGACUCUGUCAGUCUUGCUGAAGAACUACCCACCUCUAUGGAUACAGAGUUCCCAGGAGAUCCUCAGCGGGCUUUUAUCAGUAAGCUUCCUCCUAGAAACAGAGCACCUUUCCAGGUUGACCACUUGGGAACAGAUUUGAAAGAGAUGCCUGAUGACCAAGGGGAGAGUGACUCCAUCAGCCCCCUCCUUUUGCAUUUGGAAGAUGAUGACUUUUCUGAGAAUGAAAAACAACUUGUUGAGACAGCCUCUGAGCCAGAUGUUCUUAAGAUUGUCAUUGACUCUGAGAUAAAGGAUUCAUUUGUUUCUCACAGGAAAUGUAGUGAUGGAGGGAAGAGUACUUCUGGUCUCCCUGCAGAACCUGAAAGUGUGUCCUCACCUCCCAUCCUACACAUGAAGACUGGACUGGAGAAUAGCAACACAGAUACUUUGUGGAGGCCUAUGCCAAAGUUAGCACCUUUAGGUUUAAAAGUAGCUAAUCCUCCUAGCGAUGCAGAUGGUCAGACUCUCAAGGUGAUGCCUUGUUUGGCACCUGUAGCUGCUAAAAUUGGGUCAGUUGGACAUAAAAUGAACUUAACUGGGAGUGACCAGGAAGGCCGGGAGAGCAAGGUGAUGCCUACAUUAGCACCUAUUAUGGCUAAAUUAGGCAACUCUGGGGUCUCACCACGUUCUUCAGGGAAAUGAACUUGUUUUUCCUUAGAUGAAAACCAGGCUGUGAGGGGAAGUUGAACCUCACCUCCUUUCUCUGCAGGCGUUUGUUUGUGUCAUGGAACUGUGAUCCUUGACUUUGAUGGUGCAGUAGAUGACAGAGAAAGUGGGUAGGGUGCUAACCCUGGUAUAAGAAAUAAUAUGAAAUUCUGAUCAUGUUAAAAUGCGUUACCUCACUUGUGGUGCUGGGACCUCAAAUCCUCUCUAAGAAGAUGUGAUCCAUUACUGAACACGAGGUGCCCCUUACCCAAGGAAUUUAUUCAAGACUCUGGCUCCAUAGUGGUACCUAUCCCCCGCCCCAACUCCCCAAGAGAAAAAACUGCGCUAGACUUUGGAAUUGCUUUGGACUGAACUAUAGCUGAGAGCUGUUUGGUUAAAUCUAAAAUCUAAGGAAUGUGAUGCAUUUGUGCAAAGGGAUCCAGAAGAGAUCAUUUUAAGUUGUUAUUUCAGUGAUUGAGAUACAGGAUGUGUACCGUGAAAUACCAAAGUGAAGGAUUUUAUGUCAUUUGGCAAAAUUUUAUCUUCUUUUAUAUCCUGAGUAGCUUCUGUUUCCUUAGCUUUUCAAUCAGAAUUCCAAAUGCAAGCCUUUUGGUGAAGUAGGGAUCUUUUAACUUUAUUAUCAUUAAGGUGAUUAUUUUGAGAUGCUAAAAACCAUAGUUCUCCCUUACUGUCUUUGUGGGUGUUGAAAGAUAAUUUCCUAUUGCCAGGGAUGUCUUAUCAGUGAUAUAUACUUUGGAGGUAGGUAAGGAGGGGACCCUUUCCCCUUCACAAAUCACAUUACUCAAGAUAACUAAAAUGAAAAGCAUUCUCCUCCCUGAGACCAGAGACAGUGGCCAAAAUAAAAAAUUGUGGGGCUGGAUGUUUCCCAAAUCAAACCAGCCUCCCGGUGCUUGAAGGUUUCAUUCACUGUUACCUGCACAGGUUGUAAAGAAAAGUUAUAGUAGGCACUCUACCAGGGAAAUAAGGCAGUAUUUGAAUCAUGAGAUAUAUUUUUUAUCUACUAUCAUGGAUUCAAUGAUCUGUAGAGCUUUUUCACUCAUUGACUGUCAGGAUAUGAAGGACUGACAGCCUGUAAAGAUAAAGAUAUUUAUAUUUUUGUAUAGUUGUUUUCAUAGAUUUCUCAAAGGCUGAAGUUUUCAACCUAGAAGAUGAGAUUUGUAUUGAGUAUAGAAAAGUUUCCUAUCUAGUUUGUAAAUAAUCAUGGUGCACUUGAGGGGUCUCUUGGAAACUCCUGGGGGCAAGAAUCACUAUUCUGAAAAUGUAUAGACUGGGAUUUAGCUGCUGCAUUUUGCCUUUCUUAAAUAAUUAUAUUUUGGAAUGUAACCCCUGUUCUGUCUACACUGACAGGAUUUGCUUGUGUUGUAAAACACUAACACAAGAGCUUCCACUGCCUGGGCUGUGCCUAGGUCAUGCUGUUUCUUCUGUACCCUCCUUCCUUAACCAAGUCCCACUCAGCAUAUCUUCAUGGUUGUGAGACCAGCUUUGGAAUGGAUCUAGCCAGUGAGUUACUACUUCCACGACUGAUUCCCUUUCCAUGAACUCUGGCCAUCACCUGGUCUCAAAGAAUAGGAAUCCUUCCUCAAAAUGCAGAGAGAGCAAAUUCUUUGUUGGUUUUGUGCUACUUGCCUUUCUAGUCCUGCUCAUUGGCACUUAACCUUUCCUCUCUACUGAGGAAGCUUGAAGUAGUUCAAAGAGUGCUCCUCAACUUCUCCUUGUCUCUUCUCCUUACCCAGCAGAUUUUAUCAAUGCCUUAGCCAAGGAGUUUAGCGCCUGUCUCCCUUACUCAUAGUCAUUGGAGAUGCCAGUUCUUUAAUCUAGGUAUAGUAGUUUCCCAUUGUUUUAUUGCUUGUCUCUUCUCUGCUUUCCCCCUGACUUCCCAAGGCUCUUGUGGUUUUUGAGGAUUGGCCAAGGAACAGGCAAGGGAGUGAAUAAUCCUCAGGAAAAGAAGGACCAUUCUCACUUUUGAACACUUUCCCUUUUUUAAGAAGAAAACAGUUCCAGGUCAUUUCUUGAACACUUGGGUAUGCUUUAUAAAGAUGUACAGAGAUGGAAAUGAGGUAUUCCAGGUGUUCAUGGAAGGCUGCAGAUGUCAUCCCCCCCCACACACACCCCAACUUAUAAGUUUUUCAAGACAGAUCUACACCCCAAGUUUUUCAAGACAGAUCUAGGAGUCAUCAGGGCUAAUUUGAGGAGGGUUCAGUCUUCAGAACAAUCCUGCAAUCUUGACAGAAAUCUAGACUCUCUAAAAACUCCUACCCUUUAACCUUGCUCCAGAAGAAACUGAUCUAUGAAAAUUACAUGUGUGAUAAUGAAAGAUGAAGUUGAGUAAGAAGAGUUGAGAAACCUGGAAGACAGCACUCACCCUAACUCUAUAAAGACGCAUGAUCUCAGUAGACCAAUAAUUCACCUUUUUAUACAUCUGUAAAUAAAUGGAAUGUUUUUAAGAAUAUAAUUAUGUCAGAUUUAGCAUUUUCUUUUAUAUAUUAAAUAUAUAUCUUUCCUUUU